AUGUUUGUGACGGGAGACAACUAUGGGAAUGCAUAUCAAUCAAUCGUAUCUCAGCACCGUGCUGCUUCAGCUUCAUCAAUCCUCAUCGCUGUCGCUCCUGAUGUCGACGCGCUGUGUGCGGCGAGCAUGCUGGCCACUCUUCUAAAACAGGACAAUAUCACGCAUAGGAUCACACCCGUGGCCGGACUUGCAGCUUUAGUAGAAUUAAAAGAUGAAUUAUCACAGAACGAACAGCUCCAUACACUGGUUCUUAUCAAUUUUGGAGCUCAUCUCGAUCUCCCGUCAGAAGCUUGGUUUGGGUCCUUCCCAGAUUCUCUGCAUGUUCACGUUAUCGACUCUUGCCGACCCUAUAAUUUGUCCAGCCUCUUUGGUGCUGGACCUGCAGAGCGUGUCAUAGUAUGGGAUGAUGAUACUGCUUCUAAGCUCGACGACAUACGUGGUGCUUGGUACGCCAUCGAGUAUGAACCUCUCCCAGAUUCAGAUGAAUCGGACUCAGAAGAUGAGAGUGAAGAAGACCGUGAAGAAGGUUUGAAUUCAGAUGAUGACGAUGAACAAGAACGUCCUCGAAAGAGACGACGCUUGAAUGAAGACGCCGAACAGAAACCUAAACGCAUGACGAGGGAUCAGUAUGACGAACAUACGGAGAAAUUGGAGAGAUAUUAUGCCAGUGGCACAUUUCAUACACAAGCAGCCUCCAGCACCAUUUAUAUAUUGGCAACAAUCCUCGAGAGAGUGGAUAACGAUUUACUUUGGCUAACGAUUCUCGGACUAACUUAUCAAUAUCUUACCAGUCGCAUAUCACGGGAAUCAUAUGACCGUUGGCACAAAAUAUACUUUGAUGAGGUUGCACGACUGAACCCCCCUCUAUCUUCGACGUCGACUCCUCACCCCGACGAUACCUCCAUCAGACCAUCUGAAGAGAAUUUGGAAAGAGAGAGGGCGAAAACGAUUACACGGGUUACUGGCAAAAAUGGGCAAUCAUACUCUCAUAUGGAUACCGAGUUGAAGAGAGAACUGCGCCAGAAGAUGGAAGACAUCGCCCCUGAAUAUGGUUUAAUCGAGUUAUCUUACCCAUCGUUUGUCCGUUCAUUCGGAUUCAAAUCUCAGCCUCUGUGUGCUGCCGAUGUAGUAGAUGGAGUAAGCGCUCUACUUGAGGCAGCUGGAGGACUCCAACUCGAUAUCGAGAUAGAAGGUAGCCGUAACGGUGGAGAAUGGUUUGGAACUGGUAGACAGUGGCAAAUGAGGCGAGAUGACAAUAAAGAAAUGAGGGGAGGGGCGAAUGGGGAUGCGAAUGGCUCCAGGAGUAACGGACCGACUGCCAGUCAGUCUGCAGAUCACGAAGACGAAUGGUGGAAAAAUAAUUUCUGGGUCGCUUUUGAUGCUUUAGGAAACGACACGGAACUAUUGCAAUCUUCGUUGCAAUUGUCCAUGGCUUUGCAAAAAGCAGUCAUCAGGCAAGGGUCUUCGCUUAUUGAGAAAGCGGAGAUUCGAAGGAUGCGCACAUUCCAAUUAGCCAUGCUCAAAGAAGGCCCAGAUCUUCAGAUAUUUGUGCAUCCGGGCAAUCUAUCUCGACUCGCCCUUUGGCUUGUUGAAGCUACGCGUGACAAGAUUGAUCCCAUGAACAUCUCUCGAUCUCGUAAGAAGGCACUACCGUUGGUUCUUGCUUGUCUAGAUGAGCGUAAGGGAACAUAUCUUGUUGUAGGAGUCCUCGCUGCUCCUGAAAUGGGCGACAUCCGCAAAAAGUCA